ACAGGAUGGUCCAGAGAAAUACGGACGCGAUUCUCUCUCUCUCUCCCUCUCUCCCCAUCUCUCCAGUCGCCUUUUUUUGGGAACGUACCAUGAAUGACUGUUGCCCUUUGAAUUCAUAAUAAUGGGACUCAACAAGUUAUUAAUUCCCAGGACAUGCAUCACUGAAGCCUACAGCCUGGACCUCCUUUGUACAAUUGCCUGUAUCUUAGUUUGCUGACUGGUUGCGGUAUUUGCCACAUUCCUUCAGAACUGUAUUAAAGGAUCCAUGGAUGCAGCACUUGGCUAAUGCUGUCUGCCACAACAUGAUGAUCCAGGAAAAAGCAGUUGAGAGCCUUCUCUUCUGCUGUAUCCUUCGGUUUCCAUGGUAACAGGAAGAGGCUUUGAAAGUUGAGUUGGCAGUUGAGAAACCAAAUGGCUUCCAAUGAUGAAGACGCCAUCGCUUGGUACCAAAAGAAGAUUGGAGCUUAUGAUCAACAAAUAUGGGAAAAGUCCAUAGAGCAGACUGAGAUGAAGGGCUUCAAAAGCAAACCCAGAAAGAAAGGUCACAUACAGCCUGACUUGAUAGAUGUUGAUUUAAUAAGAGGUUCCACAUUUGCCAAAGCUAAACCUGAAAUUCCUUGGACAUCACUUACAAGGAAGGGAAUUGUGCGGGUUAUAUUAUUCCCAUUUUUUAGUCAGUGGUGGAUACAAGUCACUUCUUGGCGUAUAUUUAUGUGGCUGUUGGUAUUGUACCUCCUACAAGUUGUAGCAAUUACAUUAUAUUCUAUAAUGCCAAUAGUGAGUGCAAGUGAAAUCAUUGGACCAUUGUGCCUUAUGCUACUCAUGGGAACUGUACACUGCCAGAUAGUAUCUACUCAGUUAUCUAAAACUUCAGGAAGUGAUGCGAGUGGUGUUGGUCGAAGAAGGAGAAAAGCACGCAAAUUUGCAGGAGGUGAUAGCUAUACUUCCUCUGACAAAAUCAGCAGAAGCGAGGAGUCCAUGGAGCCCUCAUCCAGGAUCAGCGGCUUGUUUGAUUCAGUAUUACGCCGAAGGAGCAGGGAAGGGAUGAAAAGGGGAAAACGGGUAGCCGAUAAAGGGACUGAAGCAGAGCAUAGCAGCAGUAUAAAACGCAGGAUUUCCAGAUCUGAACACAGUUUUCAGCGAUCGAAGAUUCUGAAAUGCCGUUAAAUGUAGAUAGAAAACAGACAUUCAGGCAUUUCUGAUGAGUUGUCAAGUGAGGAAGAACCCGAUAAUGUGAGUCAGGUAGUUUUGCUGCGCAGAAGCGUAGAAGGUGGCCCUAGUGUAAUUGUAAAUGAAGAUCAGGGCAAAAGGUCUUCUCUUAUUUCUCCAUCUGCUUCAACAAAUCAGUCAGUGUCACAGGUCAACGAGGUUGUGAAAUCUAUGCAAGAUUCGGACAGCGUAGUGGAAUCAGAACUUGAACUAACAAUUCCUCAAGAGGAGUCCAAAUCCCACUAUAGUAGUGAAUCUCAAAGCGGUAGUGUUUCGCAUAGAGAUUCGGAGAGUACUCGUCAAGACUCUGAGACAGAAGAUAUGUUGUGGGAUGAUUUGCUUCAUGGACCCGAAUACCGAUCCUCUUUCACCAGUGACAGUGAGGAAGCCAAAGGAAAAAACAAGAAAGCAAGCAAACGAGAUCUGAAGGAUGAUGUUUUCCAGCAGAACCACUUGUUCUGGCUGCAGAAUACAAGUCCUGCCUCUACCAAAGUGAGUGCUCUCAUCUGGGAGGGGAAUGAGUGCAAGAAAGUAGACAUGUCUGUUCUGGAGAUCAGUGGAAUCAUUAUGAACAGGGUCAAUGCCUUUCACCAAGGAUCUGGUUAUCAGUGGCUGGGCAAUAUUGUUACCAUCAGUUUAGCUUUCCUUCCUUUCCUCUAUCGACUCUUCCACUCAAAGACCUUUGAGCAGAUGUGGGCCUUGAGUGCAAAAGAAGUUCUGCAUAUCUUUUGUGGGGGUCCUCCAUUCCCCCCUAUAAUCACCCUUGCAAUGAUCAUUUUUCUGGAGCGCCUCUGCCUCACCUGGAUGUUUUUCUUCAUGAUGUGUGUUGCUGAGAGGACUUACAAGCAGAGGUUUCUGGUUGCCAAACUUUUUAGUCACAUUACUUCUGCUCGGAAAGCAAGAAAAUACGAAAUCCCACAUUUCAGACUCAAGAAAGUAGAAAACAUUAAAAUCUGGUUAUCACUUCGUUCCUACUUAAAGAGGCGAGGCCCUCAAAGGUCUGUUGACGUAGUUGUAUCGUCCAUAUUCUUACUGGCUCUUUCCAUUGCUUUCAUAUGCUGUGCACAGGUUUUAAAAGGUCAUAAGACAUUCUUGAGUGCUGCUUACAAUUGGGAAUUCCUAAUCUGGGAAACUGCCCUGCUCCUAUUCUUGUUGCGUUUGGCAUCCCUAGGCUCUGAAACCAACAAGAAAUAUAGUAAUAUUUCAAUUCUGCUAACUGAACAGGUACUUUUUGAUUCUUUAUAAACUUGUUACUUAAAGAUGGAAAAGAAACCAAACAAGAAAGAACAGCUCACACUAGUAAAUAAUGUCUUAAAACUCUCCACCAAACUCUUGAAGGAGUUAGAUACACCAUUUAGACUGUAUGGAUUGACAAUGAAUCCCUUGAUCUAUAAUAUUACACGAGUGGUGAUCCUAUCGGCAGUCUCUGGAGUUAUAAGUGAUUUGCUGGGCUUCAAUAUCAGAUUAUGGAAAAUCAAACCAUGAGAAAGAAGAUGCUGCAGCCCAUGUUUUGGGCAGAAACAUCCUCUGCUGUGCUACAUAGGAUUGGCAGGGCCAUCGAAGGUGCUUUUCUAAUUAUGCCAGUCCUCACAUCAAUACAAAUCCCAUAUUUUUCAUACAUUUUCUUAAGAAUUUAGAAUCAAUUUUUCAUUGAGGUCACAGCUUGAAGAGAUGGUGAAAUAAAGCUUAAUAAAUAACUUAAUUCUAAUGUGCUCAUCUUAGUUGGUUAAACCAGCUGCUCCUAUGGAGCAAAGCAAUAUGAAAUUAGAUGUCUUGCAACAAGGUUUAUUAAACAAAUUAAAAAAAAAUAAGCCAGCAUUAUUCUGGUCUGAAACUGCCUGUUAAACUGUGACAAUAAGAUGAAUAUUGCUGUUUGUUAUAGGUGUUUGUUUCUGGCAAGCUCACCUAUUUUCUGUAAGUUGCAGUUGACCUACUUUUUAUAUUUCAAAAUGCCUCUGUUUUUUUUCUUGAAUGAUAGUUGGGCCUGCUUGUUUUGCUGUAUUGGGAGAGAAUGAAAUUUAUUCCCACAAAAAAAACCUCUUCAGCCAUUUUACAGUUCAGCUUUCCAUUGCUCAGUAACACAAUAUAGCAAUAACAGAAGAUGGCUAAGAGUAGAUCUGCCAUAGACCAGGGGGAUUUAAUUUAAAGAUACUAUUAGAAUUCUCCAAAUAAUGAUCUGAAUUAGCAAAGCAGUCUUAUCUAUGAUAAAAUAAAAAUGCUGAUAUGCUAUAAAUGUUUUACACAAAGCAAUUGGAAACUCAUGUUUUUGUUGGGAUAGAUAAUAUUGUUAAUUGCUAGCAAUUAGCAUCUUGACAACUGGUUUGGUUCUAAAGAAAUUUUUACUGUAAAGGUUUGUUUAAAAGGUUUAUAUUCCUUCCCAAUUGUUAGAACUGUGGAUAUAUAACAUUUUCUUAUAUGUAUUCUAUCUUCCACCUCCACAAAUCAGUUUAUAAAUAUAGGGGUUUUUUUCUGUCUUGUGUUUCCAAGUUCACAGAAUAAAAGUAUUAAUGGGUGUGUAAAAUGAGUUACCAAAGUUUGGCUGCUAUCAUUAGCAUUUAAGCAAUAGGUUUUUUUUCCCAAACAACUUUUUUUUCCUGGAGGCAACACCUUUAGAACAUUCUGUAUUACAUCUAAAGCUUUAUUGGCAUUCUGUAAGCUGCUGAAGGAGGUUGUAUGAUAAGAUUUGAAAUUAAAUAUUAGUAACAAAGACAAAUAAAACAGAAGUCAAGAGAGAAGCCAGAGAUGGUUUGCUGUGGGUUUCUUCAGUGAAAAGGAUACGCUUCCAAGUAUUUAUUGCUAACUGUAGAUUCAUACAGAGAUGUCUGCAGAAUUAAGCAGCAUUGUAUCAAAAGCUCCAUCUCUUUUGGACAUGCAUGUGAUGUCACAAAGAUCAUAAAUGGCAAACUCUUAUUUUUUGAAGAGCCUCAAUCACAGUAAGGAUGAUGUAAAAACCAAAAAUGCAAAUCUAUUCUUUUAUUUGUGGUCAACCAUAUCAAGUUUCUCACAUACUUCCAACUCAUCUGAUCUAGAAUCAAAGUGCUUAAUUUUUUCUCCACAAGAAUCCUACAAUCCAUAUUUUCUUAUUAACAGAUUAAUUUCCCUUAUCUCCCAGUACACUCUUUACAGUUAUCUCCAAAUUAUUCCUACAUGUACUCUUAUUGUAGUCUGUCUCUGUUACUUUUUCCCAAAUGCCAUUCCCAAGUCUUCCCAGGUCAGUUGUAGAGAAGUGUCUCAGAACCUCUCCUAAACUAACUGCUGUCUGUAAUCGUACAUUAUAAAAGUCUCUCUGGGUUCAGAGGGAUUGUUCUGCAAAAUAAUAAAUAGCUGGAGAGCAAUGUUCAUCUGGAAGUGUCUGUAAUUGUUCCACAACUAAAGAUUCCAGCAGAGUAUUUAAUUAAAAGCAUGGAAGAGAGUCCACUGAUGCAGUAGAAAUCUUACAUUGUCUAACUGUAUUCUAAUUUAUGGACCAACAGGAGAAAUGUUUUCAUUAAGAGGGGUAACAAACAAUCAAAGUUAUUAAAUCAGAUUUUCUUUUUAAUGUAUCUAUAUAAAAAAUAAUGAGUGAUUUACAGAUCUUUCUAAUCAGAAUCUGAGAAGUGAAUAUAUAAAGGUGCUGUACAAAAUAAAACAUUUACAUCCAAUACAACCAUAUUUUCUGAACAUUCCAAGGCCACAUUGCUAAAUCAUUAUUAUCAAGUUAAAUACAGAUAUAAAGUUUCUGGAAAAAAGGGCUCACAUCAAACAGAAGACAACAAAAUAGGUCACAUCAUUAAAUGGAUAAACAGUAUCUGAAUAGUUGGAAAAUAAAGUUAUUUCAGUUUUAUUAUUUUGAUAUUUCUGCAGUUUUCAUUCAAUAUUAUUUUGUGACAAAAUAUAUAGAACCUUUUGAAGGUUGCCUCAUGAUAUUUGUCAAGUUAAUUUACAUAGUCUAACUCAGAUAUUUAAUAUUUUCACAGUAAUAUACAAUAUUUGCAUAUACUUCCUACAGUAACUUUUGAGUUUGUAAAUCAUAGCACACAAUUAAUACACAUUAAAAGCUGUAUCAGAUGCCAAUUUUUUUUAAAAAGUUUAUGUCCUCUACAAUUGAUUUGUCAGUACUUCAUUCCAAUAGAAAUACUCAAGAUGUCUAAAUCUAAGGAAUAGAGUUUUUAAUUCAACUGCAUCUGAACUGCAAUUUGAGCUAUUGUACAAACUAUUUUCAAGAAACGGGAAUCAAACAGUAAUGGGGAGAAUGUUAUUGAAUAACAUUCAGUAAUCAUAUAUAUCUAAAUAAAAUGAGUCUUAGAAGUUUUGUUCAGAGCUAUUACAUAAUGAAUUUUGCACAUUGGUAAACUCGCAGUCUACCAUGGUGUAUGUGAAUGUCAUAUCUGGUUUUAGCAUAAUGAAUAAUAGGUAGCCUUUGAACUCUUUUGCUUUCUCCAUAUUUUUAUACCUGUGGGUCCAAAUAGCUUCAAUGACUUUAACCUUGAAUCCGUGUUUGCUUUAGGCCUAAAUCUUUUUGUCUCAUAGUCACUAGCUUAUCUUUCUGGAAACUCCACAGCUUUUUAAUAGUUGACUGGCAUGCUGAUAUAUGAUCUGUUAUUGGUCUGAUUGUUUCUGAUAAAUUGGGCUAAUAGGAUCGGCACAAGAAGAAGACCAUCAGCAAGCAACACUAGCACUUCCAAAGUGGCAGGCUAUAUUCUCUUUGAAAACAGUUUAAAAUCAUGCGGGAGGGAGGGGAGAGCAUUUUCACAGUUUAAUCUUCUCAAAAAUCACAGUCCAUUUUGAGAUUAUACGAAAUGACCAAAGUCCUGUAGUGUCUCUCCCAUCUAUUUCUAUGACUUCUAAAGCAUUCAAAGCAAAUAAAUCAGAGACUGAGAACUGUAUGUGAGCCCUCUAAAUCUGAAUGCAAACCAAAAAUCUUCUGAAAACAGCAUUUCUGAAGCCCUCAGUUGCUAGCAAGUGAGAUAAUAACUUAACUUGCAAACUAGGCAUAUGCAAAAGAAGAUUCAGCCUAGACAAUUCAAAAAUUUUUCUGUUUAAAUAGUGAGAUAAGAACACCUAUUUCACUACUUCAAAGAGGAGACUAUUAGUAUCAGAAUAGUUGGAAGCAAUACCAAACAGGUGUGCACAUAUAGUACAUGUCUGCUGCUAGUGUGAGGGACUAUGGAACUGAUAUUUUGUUAGGCUUCCCCAAAGCAUAAAGAAAAGCAAACUUGCCAAAUCAAUAUAAAACAAUUAUAGACAUCACAGAGAAUAGUUGUUCUACUAUAGCAUGUACACAAUUAGAAUUUUACGAUAACUAAAAACUAAAGAUAGAGGACGACAAAAAGGGCUUGAAGAAAGGGGAGAAAAAAUACCUUCAGUAGAAAAUUGAAUCUGCCAUAAAAGAAGAAUUAAUACAAAAUGGCUCAUCCAAAAAGCACAAGGAACUUGGAAGAGAGCAAUUCAAUAAAGACAUUAAACAUCUUAAAUAUAUACCCAUGUGUGCACACACACAAAUUAUUUAAGUUAUCCAUGUCGACUGCUAAGAUCUGUAAGAAUGUAUUUUUAUUUUUCUUAACUGACCACUGCCUUUCAUUCAAAUCCCUUCAAAGGAAACUGAGUUCAUUGCUAAAAUGAUUUUUUUUUAAAUGACAAGUGUUCGUUGUUCUAGAGGUUGCCACUCUAACGACCUAUACGCCUGAAGAAUUAAUGCUGUACCUAUAACAUUCCUCCCACUAUGAUAAUCGU